AUGGAUAUUCUCACAAAAAACAUUGUUAAAGCAAAAAAGUCUAAUUGGCAACUGUUCACAGCUACCAAUUACACAUCUUUGAUGUACCCGAUUUUCAUGCUGUGCAAAAUAAACGGUUUAUUCCCGUACCAAGUGACAAAGAUAGAAUCAAUGGCAAUCACGAAUUCGAGAGUUACAUACAUUUAUUCAGCAAUUGUCUUUGCAACUUAUAUAGUGAUUUUUGCGUUGAUAAUCUACUAUAUAAAUGUAUCUGGCGCAAUAAAAUUCGCCCGGGUACCAGCAUUUUUGCAGGCUCACUGUUAUCUCAGCUUAGGCUGUUUUAUGUUUGUGGUUUCACUCGUUCAAAGCAAUUCUCGGGUAAUAUUCUACCAGAAAUUCAACGCAGUAACUCUCGAAAUUCCGCCGACAAAAUUGUCGAAAUUAUCCAAAAUCAUCCAUACUAUUGAGCUGAUUGGCGUUGGAUUUCUACUUUUACAAUUUCCGAGUGUUUAUUCAGAAAACUACAAAAUAUUUCUGUUUCGUGCACUCGCGAUGCAUACGACUUUCAUUAUUUACUGCAUCGAUAAGAUUUAUAUUAAUCAUGCAAGUUUGAUUGGCGUUUGUUUCGCGACAAUAAACGAAAAUUUGUACAAGCUGAAAAACAAUUUGCGAAUCAAUGAACGUCAUUUAUUAAGGCGUAACUAUCACAAAAAAUGGAAUCCGUUGUUGAUAAUAAAUAUCCAACAAAUUAUCAAGCAGCAUAAUAAUGUCAGUAAGCUAACUGUCGAAAUGAAUGAGAAAUUUGGAUUACAAAUGAUUGCUAGUGUUACCUUGACAUUCAUUGAAAUAACGUUUUCGUUGUACUUUUAUAUUCUGAGAGCACUUGGUGUCAGUGGUGUGAACAUCGAAACUCAAAUUUGGUUUUCGUAUUUUGUUACUUCGAUGAGCUACUAUACGAUCAAGUUGUUGUUAAUGGUUAUCAUGUGCGAGGAGUGCAGGAAGCAAUCUCGGAAAACAGGGAUCAUUGUACAUGAGAUUCUCAAUGAAACCAAAGAUAGAGAGAUCAAUGAUGAGUUGCAGAUAUUCUCACUCCAACUUUUGCAUCACGACACUACAUUUACGGUGAAAGGAUUAAAAAUAGAUGCGACUCUUCUCACAUCCUUUGCCGGAGGAAUAACAACAUAUUUUCUUAUCCUCAUACAAUUCCUCAUGUCAUCUAAAUCAUGCGCUGAAGUAGUUGAUGAGAGCACUGGAUAA